AUGAUUUAUACAAAAGAGCAGAUAGAAGAAUAUAAAGAAAUAUUUUUAAAAUAUAAAAAACAAUUAGAGGAACCACUUUUAAAAGAAGUAAGCAUUUAUCCAACUUGUGUUAACCCUGAUUGUAUUACAAACCAGCAGGGGAUACAACCCCCCAAUUUUUAUAUUGAGUCAGGUUUUUACAUGUGUGAAUCAUGUGAUUCGUCUAAUGGUCACGCUCUUGGAUAUUAUGAUAACAAGGAAUACGAUCGAUUUCAUUAUCAUAGAAAGAGUAUUUACCAGAGAAAGUACCAUUAUGAAAAUAAAGUAAAAGAUAUCUCAAAAAGGUUAUCAUUAACUGAUGAUGAGGAAUACUGCUUAUACAAUAAACUAAUGGAAAUAGAUGAAGAAACUAUUACUAGAACAAAUGAACAUUUUAAUCGCAAAAGAAUGAUAAGUGUUUUUUACCUGAUUAAAAAAAUUCUUGAAGAAAUGGGUUGUGAAAAAUAUAAACAGAUUGGUCUUAAGCUUUCUAAACAAACAUUUGCUAAUUAUGAAAAGUGGUGGGAAUAUUAUAAAAUUGAUUUAAAGAAAUAA